GUGGUUCCGCCCGGACACUCACAUAUGUGGGACGGGGAAAAGAUGGCGGCGGCCAUGGUACAAAUGUCAUGUUUGUACCGUGGGAUGUUGGCGGUCAGGGCCACUGGCAUCCGACCGCUAAUUCCAGGACUUGUGCCAUCUCAGUUCAGGGCGUUUUCCAUAAAGAAAGAACCGGAGUUGGAGGAAAAUCCGUAUUAUAGUAAAUAUGAAGAGAAGAUCAGGAAACUGCGCAGUUCAAAACCUCAAGAAUAUAAAGCCCGACUAGAGAAGCGCAGUGAGAUGAAGACGGAGCCGCUCGGACAGUCCAGACAAGCAGAAUUCGUGAAGUAUAUGGAGAAAGAGUUGGACAAACGCGGUAAAGCAGAAACAGGGGGCUUCACUAAAGAUAAGACAUUAGGAUCUAUUCUUAACCUUGAGAUGGUUCAGGGGAAAUCCGGAUCUGAAAUUGCAGAGCUUUGGAUGCAGUACUUCUCAAAGAAAGACACAAUCAGUGCCGUUAUACCAGGCUCAACAUUUGAUAUUAUUUUUGGCCGUUCCAAAUCUUGCCCAACGUUUCUAUAUGCUCUACCCCAGAAGGAGGGAUAUGAGUUUUUUGUCGGCCAGUGGGCUGGUCAUGAGCUGCACUUCACAUCUUUAAUCAAUGUUCAGACUAUGGGAGAAAAUGCACCCAGCCAUCUUAUUUUAUACCACUAUACAGACCUGCAGAAGGAAAAAGGCAUCGUGCUGAUGACCGCUGAGAUGGAUAUCAAAUUUGUGACCGUUCACCAGGCACAGUGCUUGGCCAAUCAGGUGCAGCUGUUUUACGGAUCGCAACGGCUUGAGACUUUCCGAUUGGUCGAGGCCUUCAACCACAAACCAGAAGAGUUUAAACACAUGUCUGUGAUAGCAGAACUAGAACAGAGUGGUGUUGGACCAGCAGUCACAACAGACUAAUCCAAAGGCAUUAAAUAUGGUGUUGCCUAAUGUGGACUGUCGCCUUGGGAAGGAAACACUCUGUAACUAUGUAUGGAGUCCCGCGAGAGUCUCUGCAGCCAGAUAAGAAGAUAAUGUGUUGCCUUUUAGCAUUGAUGAGUUAAACAGACAUCUUAACAGACAAAUAUCUGCUACCAUGUAUGCAGAUUCAGAUUCUGAUUAGUUCUCAUUUAACUCCCAGUAAAUGUUCCCAUUAGAAUAUGGCGCAAAAUACUGUAAUCUUGUGGUUUUAUGAUUAUUUUGUUUAAAAUGCAAAAAGGAAGCUUAUUAUUAGGAUUAAGAUGCAUUAGAUACUGUAUGUUUCCCACAAAAAUAAGUCCUCUUUACUAGAUAUUGGUGGCUCCACUAGAUAUUUGUGGAUCCACUUCCAUUGUGAUGUUAUUCAUAAUAAAACUUAACAUUUUGGCAGUA